AUAAAAAUAUUAUAAAGAAAGAGAAAGAGAGCCGGCAGUAGCAGGGCAAGGGCAAGGCAGAGACUAGACCAGACGCACGAAUCGAUCUCUGCUGAAACAAGUGAAAGGAAGAAAGAUUAGAAUUAGAUGGGUCGCCAAGCCUUCGUCAAGCUGAUCGGCUCGAUCUCUAAAGCUUCUUCAUCUUCUUCUUCUUCUUCAUGGACUCAGACUCGGCAAUACGCCGCCGCUGCUGCGCAUCCUCCGCCGGCAGUUUUCGUGGACAAGAACACUCGUGUCAUCUGCCAAGGCAUCACCGGAAAGAACGGCACCUUCCACACCGAACAAGCCAUCGAAUAUGGCACCAAAAUGGUGGGUGGUGUAACGCCAAAGAAGGGCGGAACAGAACACUUAGGACUUCCUGUCUUCAACACGGUUGCAGAAGCAAAGGCUGAAACAAAGGCCAAUGCCUCUGUCAUUUAUGUUCCCCCACCUUUUGCUGCUACAGCUAUUCUGGAGGCGAUGGAAGCUGAGUUGGAUCUUGUUGUGUGCAUCACAGAGGGGAUCCCUCAGCAUGAUAUGGUACGGGUGAAGUCUGCUCUUAACAGGCAAUCGAAAACUCGGUUGAUUGGGCCAAACUGCCCUGGAAUUAUCAAGCCUGGAGAAUGUAAAAUUGGAAUUAUGCCAGGGUACAUCCACAAACCUGGUCGUGUAGGAAUUGUUUCGCGAUCCGGUACCUUAACCUAUGAAGCUGUGUUCCAAACUACAGCUGUUGGCCUUGGACAAUCUACUUGUGUUGGUAUAGGGGGGGAUCCCUUUAAUGGGACAAACUUUGUUGAUUGCAUUGAAAAGUUUCUAGUGGAUCCACAGACAGAAGGUAUCGUUCUUAUUGGAGAGAUUGGUGGGACUGCAGAGGAGGAUGCUGCUGCACUUAUAAAGGAAAGUGGGACUGAGAAGCCUAUUGUUGCAUUUAUUGCUGGUCUAACUGCCCCCCCUGGCCGUCGUAUGGGUCAUGCUGGAGCUAUUGUGUCAGGUGGGAAGGGCACGGCCCAAGAUAAGAUCAAGACCCUUAGAGAAGCUGGGGUUACAGUGGUAGAGUCUCCUGCAAAGAUUGGUGUUACCAUGCAUGAAGUUUUUAAGCAGAAGGGCCUUGUGAGUUAGUUUGGUUGAUUGUUUUACAAUAUUAUAUACAUUUUGUUCUUGGACAAAUCCAAAACGGCAUGAAAUGUACACCUUGAUUUUAGAACUGAUCCUAAUGUUAGUAGAGUUUUUGGAAAGAUGAGAUUUCUUUCCCUUUGUUUUUGAACCAAAGCCAACGGCAUUGAAUAACAACGGUCUUUAUCCGACAAUAUAUUUAA